GCUACCGGCUCCCCGCAAGGGGCGGAGCAGCAGCAGCCGCGCAGCUCCGCGUGAGGCAUGGGUUGGCUGUUCCGCUGCUCGCGGCUGCAGCUCCUUCCACCGGCCCUGCGGAUAACCGGCCUCCGGCUGCGGGCGCCGCUGCUCCUCCUCCCUCGCCUCUGCCCCGCGGGCUCCUUGGCCUCCCCCGCCUCCCCCCGGCCGCCGGCCCUUUCCCCGCAGCUUCGCUCCCUCUGUCGGCGGCGGGGCCAGCCCGGCGCAGCCUCCUUCCCCCCCGGCCAGGCCCCGCCCCACUUCCUGCUCAGGGCCGCCGCCGGGGCGGAGCUCUUUCUUUUCACGCCGGCUUCGGCCCAGAGCAGCCGCCUUUGCCACCACCUCAGCGGUGAAGAGUCCCAGGAAAUGCCCGCAGCCCCUCGACCCGAUCACCAAAGCGAGGACGAGUUCGAGCCGGAGAGCCUCAUGGAGCCCGAGACCGCCCUGGAGAGCCGCAGCGGCAGGAAGCGCAAGAAGGAUAAAAAAGAUAAAUCUAAAAAGGAGAAACUGAAAAAGCAGACAUCCCAACUAGAGGAAGAUGAGCUGUCUGAUGCUGAAUUGGAGCCUCCCAAACCAAAGAAAACUAAGAAAAAGAAAGAUGUGGUUGAUGAUAUAGAAGACAUAAUUGCAGAAUACAAAACAUCUCCUGUCAAUAAUGGGGUGACCCAUUUGAAAGAUCAUAGUCAUUCUGGUGAAGAAGCAAGUACAGAGUAUGACAGUGAUCUGGAAUUGUCUGCAGAGCAAAAGGAAGGAGACUUUGCUAAUUUUGGUAUUUCUAAAACAACUGUUGACCUUCUCAAAGCACGUGGAGUUAGCUAUCUGUUCCCAGUGCAAGUAAAGACUUACAAGCCCAUCCAUGAUGGCAAGGAUGUGAUAGCCCAAGCUCGGACUGGAACUGGGAAAACGUUCUCUUUUGCUGUUCCUUUAAUUGAAAAACUCCAGGGAGAUACCCAGGAAAGAAAAAGAGGUCGUACACCAAAGGUGCUUGUUCUUACACCAACCAGAGAGCUGGCAAUGCAAGUAGCCAGAGACUUCAAAGACGUCACAAAGAAACUCACUGUGGCUUGCUUCUAUGGAGGAACAGCAUAUAAUGGACAAAUGGACCUAAUUCGAAAUGGUAUUGACAUCCUGGUUGGGACUCCAGGCCGGAUCAAAGACCACCUUCAAAAUGGGAAGUUGGACAUAUCCAAUCUAAAGCACGUUGUCUUGGAUGAAGUUGACCAGAUGUUGGACAUGGGUUUUGCUGAACAAGUAGAAGAAAUCUUAGCCUAUGCUUAUAAAAAAGAUUCUGAAGACAAUCCCCAGACAUUACUCUUUUCUGCAACUUGCCCACACUGGGUUUAUGAUGUAGCAAAAAAAUACAUGAAAUCCAAAUAUGAACAAAUUGAUCUUAUUGGAAAGAGGACUAAAAGGACUGCUAUGACUGUAGAACAUUUGGCUAUUGAGUGUCACUGGUCCCAAAGAGCAGCAGUCAUUGGAGAUGUUAUUCAAGUCUACAGUGGUAGUCAUGGUCGGACUAUCAUCUUUUGUGAGACAAAAAGGGAUGCAACUGAACUGGCCCUGAAUUCCUCAAUAAAACAGGAUGCACAAUCUUUACAUGGUGACAUUCCACAGAAGCAGAGAGAGGUCACGCUGAAAGGGUUCCGCAAUGGUUCAUUUGGAGUUCUUGUUGCAACCAAUGUAGCUGCCCGUGGUUUAGAUAUCCCAGAGGUUGAUCUAGUAAUACAGAGUUCACCACCAAAGGAUGUAGACUCUUAUAUCCAUCGUUCGGGGCGUACAGGCCGAGCUGGACGAACUGGGAUGUGUAUCUGUUUCUAUCAGCGCAAGGAAGAUUUUCAGUUAAGACAAGUUGAACAAAAAGCGGGGAUUACAUUUAAACGUGUAGGUGUUCCCACAGCAACGGACAUAAUUAAAGCUUCUAGUAAAGAUGCAAUCAGAUCUCUGGAUUCUGUUCCUCCUUCUGCUAUUGACUACUUCAGACAGUCUGCUGAACGGCUGAUAGAGGAGAAGGGAGCUGUGGAAGCCCUGGCUGCAGCACUGGCUCAUAUUUCAGGAGCCACUUCCAUUGAACAGCGUUCUCUACUGAACUCUGAUGUGGGUUAUGUAACUAUGACACUUCAGUGCUCAGUAGAAAUGCACACUAUUGGCUAUGCCUGGCGAGGUCUGAAAGAGCAGCUGGGUGAAGAUAUUGACAGCAAAGUGACCAGAAUGCGAUUUCUCAAGGGGAAGAUGGGUGUGUGCUUUGAUAUUCCUACAGCUGAGUUAAGUAAAAUACAGCAAAUGUGGCAAGACUCAAGACGUUGGCAACUUACUGUGGCAACAGAAUUGCCUGAGCUUGAAGAAUCUCCACGUGAGGGUGGUCGAAGUGGUGGUUCCGAAUUCAGGAAUGGAAGAAGAGGUGGCAACUUCAACAGGAAUGACAGAUUCAGAAACAGGGGCCAAAAGUGGAAGUGACCGGGCAUUUUGAUUGUUAUGUCAUAUGUAGAUGGGACUAAAUAUCUGGUUUUAUCAGAAGUAAAGUUACAUUCUUUUACUAUCA